UUCUCUCCUCUCAUUCGUAAUUGGUUGCGUGCGGUCUGCUCUAAAUUUUUCCCCGUUUUCCAGUUUUUGGAUUCUUGAGAUUUCGAGAGAGAGAGAUAAAGCGAAUCUCUUUUCUCUAUCUAUCUCAUAUAUGUUUCUUUCUUUUCUCUGUUCUUUCUCUUUUUUCAUUUUUAAAUCAUCAUCUUAUUAUUUCACUUCUACCACCCAAAUAGAUCACUUAUCUCUCUCUAUUUCUUGUCUCCCCUUAUGCCAAAAGCAAGUAGAACCCACUAAGCGUGCUAACAAAAACAAUACAAAAGUCGCUGUUAACCUCUAUUAUAUAUGUUUCUUAUUUCUUUUUUCCCCCUUGGCCUUUGAUUUGAGUCGUUAAACGUCUUAUUUUUUGAGGUGUUUCUUAUUUUUUUGCCCCUUCUCCUUUCUCUCUUGGUGGGGUUGGUGUCAUUAUUUUUCUCUUAAGUUUUUUUUUUCCUUGUUGGGUUACAAGGCUUUAAAAGUUGGUUUCUUCAGCUGGCAAAGUUGAGAUCUUUUUAAGGUUCUAUUGCAAUUUCUUAUCUGGGUUUUGGUUUUUAGAGGUUGGAAGAGUUGGUUUGUAAUCAUUUGAGGAUGUCGGUGUUUAAGUUCGUGAGUGCUGGUUAAGAACUUGUAAAUAAAAGUUAGAUAUUCUUGCUUCUUUCUGGUGUUUAAAAAGUAAAAAACGAAGGUAAUAUCAAUCUGCUAAAUGGAGGGUUGUUCAAAGAACAGUGAGACAUGUCCUCAGUUGCUAGAUUUAAUUCCAAGAGAAAGAGAAUGGCUGGUUAAAAGAACUGACGAGAAAUCUUCUUCAGAGGAGAUCAAGAAGCUUGAACUAAGGCUUGCUCCACCAGGUCAAGAAUGGUCUCUUAAUGAUAGCACUAAAAACGCAGAUAUUAAUAGAGAAAGAGAUGAGUCUCUUCUUUCUCUUGGUGCUUCUGGAUGGUUCAAUCAACAACUAUCACAGCAAGGAAAGGCCACCACCACCACAACUCCUUCAUUUCUUCAGUUUCCAUCAAAAACAGUAACAACAAAUGCUCAGAACCUGCCUGUUAUGGCAAAGGAAUCCUCACAGCCCUGUUGCACUAAAGUGGUAGUAGACUUGCAGCAGAGUGCAGAAAAGAAGGCGUUUUCACAGCCAGCUCCUGCAAAUACAGCUGUGCCCAACAUCUCUCAGAAAAGAACUGCUCCUGGUCCAGUUGUUGGUUGGCCACCAAUUAGAUCAUUCAGGAAGAAUCUUGCAAGCAGCAACUCUUCAAAAUCAGCUGUUGACUCUCAAAAUGAAAGUCCAAACAAGAAGGUUGCUAGUGAAAAUCCAGUUGAAACAUGCAAAAAAGGUCUGUUUGUUAAGAUCAAUAUGGAUGGUGUUCCCAUUGGAAGAAAAGUAGAUCUUCAAGCCUAUGACAGUUAUGAGAAAUUAUCCAUUGCUGUGGAUGAACUCUUCAGAGGCCUCCUUGCAGCUCAAAGGGAUUCCUCUGCUGGUACCAAGCAAGAGGAGGAGAAAGCAAUUACGGGCGUAUUGGACGGAAGCGGGGAAUAUACCCUUGUUUAUGAAGAUAACGAAGGAGACAGGAUGCUUGUUGGGGAUGUCCCGUGGCACAUGUUUGUCUCCACGGUGAAGAGGCUUCGUGUCUUGAAGAGCUCUGAAGUUUCUGCAUUGAGCCUUGGAAGCAGUAAGCAAGACAAGGUACCAAUGAAAUGAAAAGGAUGAAUUGUGUGAUGAUACUCAAUUUGAAGCUUGAAAGGAGGAGAAGAGAAGGAGAAGGCUUUAAUUUUAUGUUCUUAGUUUGACAUUUUGUCCUUUCCUAUUUUGUAUGGAACUUGGCUGCUCACAGUAUAUAUGUCUGUCUAGCAUAUAUGUUUUUGCCCCAUUUGACCCCUUUCUUCCUUAGUUAACUGCCAUGCACCUUCUAUCAUAAAUGUCAUUGUGGAAGAAGAAUGCUUAAUAACUAGUAUGUUUUGAGCUGAAUUAAUGUACAAGUUCUGUUUAGUUUCAUUAAA